UCUCUUAUUUCCUAACAAACAUGUUGCCCACGUACGCUUCCUUAUUUUCCCUGAAUGAAUAACACACAUAAAAAUCUAUCCAUUCAUAAGCUCUACCAAAAUUGAAACUAACCAAAACUAGAAGCUAACAUUUAUCAAACAUGAGGAUGUCCAAGAAGAAUUGGUUUGGCAGUGUCCGUAAGAAACUAUUCAGGUCAUCUCCUCCACAUAAAACAAUCAUUGUUCUACAUAACAACACCAUUACAACUAGAACAAGCAGUGCAAAUGGGCAAUCUACAAAGCACAAUGGCCGCACCUAUUUUCUGUCUAAAGAGGAUAUGGCUGCUAUUACUAUCCAAUCUCACUUUAGGGGUCAUCUUGCGAGACGGGCGUUUAAGGCAUUGAAAAGCCUUGUGAGGCUUCAAGCAGUGGUACGUGGGGCAUGUGUGAGAAGACAAGCUAGAAUAGCUCUCCAUUGCAUGCACGCCCUUGCACGCCUGCAAGUAACUGUCCGAGCUCGCCAACUCCUCAGCAAAUGCGAUAAUUCUCGAUAAUUCAUAUACUAUCUUCUUCAGUAUCUCCCUCCAUCUAGUGACGUACACAGGAUUUUGCGCUUAUUAUAACAAUUCGGGUAGUAUACGGAUUUGAGUCCGGAAUUGUGGGGAGUUUUACCUUAAUUAGUACUCCCUCCAUCUAAAGGGCACUACGUUUUUUUGCUUCUCUAUAAAGAAAAAUAUAUGCAGAUUACAGUUUUCUUAUAAAUAUACUUUUCAAGAUUUCAGGAUAUGAAAGUUUGAGACUUUGUGGUCUAUUAUUAUAAGUGGUAACUAGUUUCAAAAUGUUUGAAAGUUGUUUUGGAGGACGAAUUAAUUUUUCGUUGAUGUCAAACCAAUUAAACUAACAAUUGGAACGUAAAUAGGGCAAUCCGAUAGGAUGGAGGGAGUACGGAAUGCCUGAACAUGAGUUUAGUCUCUUAUUCCUCAGAACUUGCAGUUCAACUAACAAAUAUUUUGUACUGUAUGUUUUCAUGUAUUUGCGCGUCUUCAAUCUUUUAAGAUUAUUAAUUAGUUGUGAAUUCUGGUAAGCUUCUGGAGAAUGUCACUAUUCAGAUCUGACUACACACAUGAAUUAUUUU